UUGCCUUCAGUCAGCGUGUUGCCCGUUACUCCUCGUACGCUUCAGAACUUCUCGGAACCCUGAAGUUUGCCUUCGUCUUUGCGGGACUCGGACCCCGACUGGAUCUAACAGAGGCGAACCUUCCAAGAAGUUUUUCCUUUUUUUUUCUCGCGAUGGAUUCGUCACUUUUGCUCCAGAAGGAAUUAUGAGUCCAGUUUGCUGAGAGCUUCUUCACGCAGACCAGGAGCAGAUGAGCGUUUAACAAAAGGGUCAAAAUGAAGUCAGGUUUUGGGAGAGCUGUGAUGGAUCCUCUGCACCGCGAGGCUGGGUGGAACCGUCGGAUUAUGCUGAUGCUGUACGUGGCCUUGGAGCUGGUGACCAUGUGCUCACCCGCGGUGCUGGCCACGCUGGAUCUGCAGCUGGACGAGGAGCAGCCAGCCGGCACCAUCGUCGGGGACAUAAGCGCCGGACUUCCCCCGGGCGUCACCGCGUCCCUGUACUUCAUCUCGGAUCACGAGGGCACCGGCGUGGGAACGGACCUGGACAUCGACGAGAGCACUGGGAUCAUUAAAACGGCCAAAGUUCUGGACAGAGAACUGAGGGAUCGGUACAACUUCUUCGCGGUCACCAUGACGGGCGUGACCGUGGAGGUCACCAUCAAGGUGAACGACAUCAACGACCACUCGCCCAGUUUUCCAAAGAAGCGGGCUGCUUUUAAGAUUCCGGAGCAGACGGCCAUUGGGACCAGGUUUCCUCUUGACCCGGCGGUCGACGCCGACAAAGGCCUUCUCACGACGCAAGGCUACCUCAUCAAGGACGGGAACAUCGGCCAGGCCUUCACCUUGGAGACCAGGCGGGGCAGUAACGAAGUGCUCUACCUGGACUUGGUGGUCAACUCAAUUCUAGACCGAGAAAAGAGAUCCACUUAUACGUUGUCUUUGGAGGCCUUUGAUGGCGGUUCUCCAAAGAGGACGGAUCAGAUGACCUUGGACGUAAGUGUGCAGGACAUCAACGACAAUGCUCCGGUGUUUAAUCAGAGCCGCUACCACGCCAUCAUCACGGAGAACCUCCAACCUGGGAGCAGCAUCUUGCAGGUGUUUGCGACGGACAGGGACGAGGGCGACAACGGCGUCGUGCUAUAUGAGAUCAACCGCAGGCAGAGCGACCCGGACCGCUACUUCGUCAUCGACCCGCGCUCCGGCGUGAUCACGCUUAACAAACCGCUGGACUUUGAGAUGAGGAGAGUCCACGAGUUGGUGGUUCAAGCGCAAGACAACGCCACGCAUCCCGAAGUGACCAACGCUUUCGUCACGAUCCACGUCAGAGACUACAACGACAACCAGCCGACCAUGACCAUCAUCUUCCUCAGUGAGGAUGGCUCUCCUAGGAUCUCAGAGGGAGCACAGCCGGGGCAGUACGUGGCCAGGAUCUCGGUCACCGACCCGGAUUACGGCGAGUAUGCCAACGUCAACGUGUCGCUCGAGGGAGGAGAUGGGAAAUUCGGACUGACCACCAAAGACAACAUAAUCUACCUGAUCUGUGUGGACAGAAUCCUGGACCGCGAGGAGAGGGACACGUACGAACUGAGGGUGAUGGCCACAGACUCGGGCACUCCUCCUCUCAGAGCCGAGUCUUCCUUCACCAUCCAGGUGACUGACGUUAACGACAACCCUCCUCUCUUCGACCAGCCGGUGUACAGGCAGGUCAUCCCUGAGGUGGUGUUCCCCGGGAGCUUCGUGCUUCAAGUCACCGCUCGUGACAAAGACCAGGGACCCAACGGGGACAUCACCUACAGCAUCCUGCACAACAAAGGGGCUUUCUCCAACUGGUUCGGGAUUGACGCCAUCACAGGGAUUAUCACCACGUUGUCCCAGCUGGAUUACGAAAAGAACCCCAAUCCUGCUAUCACAGUGCUAGCCACGGAUGGCGGCAAGCCCCCCCUGUCCUCCACGGCGGUGGUCAACAUCGCGCUGCAGGAUAUAAACGACAACGAGCCGGUUUUCCAGAAGAACUUCUACAACGUGUCCAUCAUGGAGAGCACGGCUCCGGGGACCUGCGUUCUGGAGGUGACCGCUACAGACGAGGACGGCGGGUCUUUCGGGUCCAUCACCUACUCUCUGAACUCUGGCGGCAACAACGGCCUUGUUACCCCGUUCACCAUCAGCAGAGAGUCGGGUCAGAUCUGCACCAGCGCGGCGCUGGACCGUGACCAAGGGCCGAACAGUUACGACUUGACCGUCACUGCCGUCGACGGGGGCGGACUGAGCUCCACGACCUACGUCAAGGUCGAUCUGGUCGACAUCAACGAUAACCGACCGACUUUCUACCCGGUGAGCUACGCCGUCAGCCUGAGUACCCAGAGCGCCCCCGGGACCUCGGUGGUGCGGGUGACGGCUGUGGACCCUGAUGCCGGGGAGAACAGCAAAAUCACCUACAAGACCGUUUCGGGAGCGGCAUCGCCUUUCUUCACACUCAACAAAGACACAGGUGUGAUCUCCCUCUCACGUCCUGUCUACGGAAAAGCUAACUCGGUCAUCUCCAUGGUGAUCUCGGCCCAAGAUGGCGGAGGACUCGCAGCCCUGGUUAACGCCAAAGUUGACAUCAGCGUGGUGGCGGGUCUGGUGGCGCCGCCGGUGUUCGAGCAGCCACAGUACUACUUCACUGUCAUGGAGGACGUCCUGCAGGGGACAGUGGUCGGUGUUGUCCAGGCUAACAGCAAGUCCGGAAACUCCAAGGAUUUCGCCUACACUGUCAGCUCAGGAGACCCGGCUGGAUACUUUACCGUGGACCCGGACACGGGCGCCCUCAGGACCAGCCUCUCACUGGAUCACGAAGUGCAGUCCAUCUUUGAUUUGGAGGUGCAGGUCCGCAGUGGGAACCCUCCGGCCUUUGGGCAGACGCGUGUGCACGUGGAGGUGGUGGACGUCAACGAUAACCCGCCUGUCUUCAUCCCGUCCUCGGCCGAGUCUCUGCUGCUGCCUGAGCACACCGAGAUGGGAACUGUGGUCUAUCGGGUCCUCGCUGAGGACAGAGACUCUGGGGCAAACGGGCAGCUAAGCUUCGACUUGUCUUCUCCGAGUGGGAAUCAGAGGACGUUCAGUCUGGAGCGCAGCACUGGAGAGUUGCGACUUGUCGGGAGCCUUAACUACGAAGCGGUCCCUCGCUAUGAUCUGCAAGUAACGGCCAAAGAUGGCGGAGUUCCUCAGCUGAGCGCCACCUUCAUGCUGGUGGUUCAUGUUCAGGCUGAGAACGAUCAAGGGCCAGUGUUUGAUACCCUCACGUACCGUGUGGAACUCAAAGAGGGCACGCCGAUAAACACUCGAUUCCUCCAAGUCAGAGCUCUUAACAGAGAGACGGGCGGGUACUUCGGUCCGCUGACCUACCACCUGCGACCGGACGGAGACGCCGCCGGAUUCGGGAUCGCGCCCGACAGCGGCUGGUUGUUCGUGAAGAGCGCCCUGGACAGGGAAGCCAAAGACAUGUAUCUGCUGACGGUGAUGGCGAGCACCGGGCAGGGUCAGAUGAAGAAGACGGGCAGUGCCACCGUGCGCGUGUCGGUGACCGACGAGAACGACAACUCCCCCAGGUUCACGCAGGAGAGGCUCUUCCUGGCGGUGAGAGAAAACCUGCCGGCCGGGACCGGCUUCGGUCACGUGACCGCCACGGACAGAGACAGCGGGCCAAACGGACGCCUCGGGUACCGGCUGCUACACCCCGAUCGCAACUUCCAGAUCAACUCCCACACAGGCGAGAUCAGCACCAGGAGGACUCUGGACCGAGAGCAGCAGUCCAGUUACCAGCUGCUGGUGGUGGUGCAGGAUGGAGGGUCACCUGCUCGCAGCUCCACAGGAACGACCUUCAUCAGCGUCCUGGACGAGAACGACAACGACCCUGUGUUCACCCACAGCCACGCUGGGAAGACUCUCAUCCUACAGGUUUCAGAAGGACAGCCCCCUGGUGUUCUACUGGGCACACUGCAGGCGAAGGACAUGGACGAUGGAGAGAACGGAACCGUGUUCUACGCUUUGUCAGGUCUCAGGGCCGAGCGCUUCUCUCUGGACCCAAACACCGGCGAGCUGUAUUCAUCAUCUCCUCUCAGCCACUCGGAGCGGGCCGAGUACACCUUGGCAGUGACGGCCACUGAUAGAGGACUUCCCCCUCGCAGCGCCUCCUGCUCCAUCACGAUUCAGGUUCUCAGCAUCAACAGACCUACAUCAAAGACCAGUUCUCUGUCUGUAUCAUUCAACUCCAUUGAGGACACGCUGCCUGGGUCCCUCAUUGGUUCUGUGCGUCUCAGCGGCCAGCAGCCUACCCAGGAAGGGGAAGUGACCUACACCGUGGUGGGAGGGACAGACAGAGAUGGCACCUUCGUCGUGGAUCGUCUCACGGGAGACGUGUACUUGGCUCAACCUCUGGACUAUGAGAAGGAGAUGCACUACGUCUUGAAGAUCGAGGUGGACGACUUUUCUCGGACGCCUCCCAGCAGCACCCUGGUUCACCUUGACAUUGAUGUUCAGGACAGCAAUGAUCAUGCUCCUGAGUUUCCCGAGGACCCGGUCACAGUCGUCAUCUCUGAAAGCAUGCAGCCCGGCUCCUCAGUUUACACCUUCCAGGCCACAGACAAGGACGGCAGUGGACCCAACAGUGAGCCCACCUACUCUAUUCUACACCAGUGGCCAAACACCCCUGGUCAACUCUCCCUCGACCCCACCACUGGAGUCUUAUCCCUAGAGAAGGAGCUGGACCAUGAAGUCACAUCCAGCUUAAUCCUUGUCGUCAAGGCAACAGACUCGGCCGCAGAUGUUAGCCAGAGACGCUGGGGUUCUGUCACGGCAAGGAUCUAUGUGACCGACGAGAACGACAACUCACCCGUAUUUAGCUCGCCGACAGCCGUCAGCGUGAUGGAGGACCAGCCCGUGGGCUUCGUGGCGCUCUACGUCAUGGCCAGAGAUGCAGAUCAAGGCGAGAACGGGAGGGUGACUUACAGCAUCCAGUCAGGAAACACAGGAGGAACGUUCAGUCUCAACCCUGACACGGGCUCUCUGUCUAUUUUCAAACCUCUGGACCGUGAGGAGCAGGACAUCUUUAACCUCACGGUCGUGGCAGAGGAUCACGGAACGCCCCGCCGCUCCACCAGCCAGCUGCUGCGCGUCCACGUGAUCGACGUUAAUGACGAGGUGCCUUGGUUUGAGGAGAACCACUACCAGGCUCAGAUCGCUGAGAACCGUCCUGCUGGGGCCACAGUGCUGCGAGUGUCUGCCUCUGACCUGGAUCUAGGUACCAAUGGUCAGGUGACAUAUGGUGGCAUCUCGGUGGAGGGCUUCACUAUCAGUCCUGUGACGGGGGUCAUAACAACCACACAGUCACUGGACCGGGAGCUUCAGGAGUUCUACACAGUGACAGUGUAUGCUAAAGACGGGGGUCUUCCUCCAAAUUACUCCAAGACAACGGUGCGGAUCAGAGUGCUGGACCAGAACGACAACCCUCCCGUGUUUGGCCGUCUCUUCUACACCAUUGAGGUGCCGGAAAAUUUGGACUCCGUGCUGCUUUUCACUCUCCGAGCGACGGAUCAAGACACCGGAGACAGUGGGAAGAUAAAUUACCGAAUUAUCGCUGGUGAUCCAUCCGGCGAUUUCAGCUUAGACAGACCCUCGGGUGUCUUGUCCACCUCAAGAGCUCUGGAUCGGGAAAAGAAAGCUUCGUAUUCUUUAACUGUUGUUGCCCAGGAUCAGGGGGAGCCACCCCUCAGUGGCACCGCUACAGUGGAGGUCACAGUCCUGGACAUCAACGACCACAGUCCCCAGUUUGAAGCGAGCAGCUACACGGCAGACAUAUCCGAAGACGUUCCCAUCGGUUCCUUGGUUCUGGAUGUGAAAGCCGUUGACCUGGAUCAGGGAUCCAACAGCCAGGUUGUUUACUUCCUAGAUGAGGGCUCCAGAAGCAUGUUCAUCAUCGAUCAGAACACCGGGCGCAUCAUCACAGCGGCGCCGCUGGACAGAGAAAGAACCGCCUCUUACACCUUCAAUGUCUGCGCCACGGACUCGUCCCCAUCGAACCCUCGCAACUCCACCGUCCAAGUCACCGUCUACAUCCAGGACGUGAACGACAACCCGCCCUUCUUCGUUCAUGACCCGUUGAUAGUCAACAUCUCUGCCGGUGGCGUCUCCAGCCGCAGGGUGUUGGCCACCAUGAGGGCAGAGGACAAGGACUUUGGAGCCAAUGGUUCAGUCUUUUAUCGCUUUGCCAACCCUGUGAAGGGUUUCGCCAUCAAUUCGCUGACAGGAGACAUCCAGGCCACAGAGAAGCUGCAGAGUCUGACGCAGAGCCAGCGGACGCUGAUCGUCCAAGCCAUGGACCAAGGCAACCCAGCGCAGUCCUCGCUGGGCGUGGUGAUCAUUUACAUCCGGGAGCAGAGCUACAGGGGCAUCCGCUUCUCUCGCGCGGCCAGAGACGUCAGCCUGCAGGAGAACGCUGCGACAGGCACUGUUGUCACACAGACGCAGGCCCAGUACCCUGAUGGCUCUCGUCACGGCAUCAGCUACAGCAUUUUCAGUGGAAACUGGAUGCAGUCGUUUGGCAUAAACACCAUCACUGGCGAAAUCUGGGUCCAAAAGUCAGACGGGAUAGACUUUGAGGAAAACCCCAAACUCCGCCUAGUGGUCAAAGCAGAAACGGCAUCCUCCAGCUCCUACAUGGCAGUGAACUUGAUCCUGCAGGACAUCAAUGACAACCUGCCACGAUUCCAGCUCCAGAACUACGUGGCUUACAUCCGAGAGGCGCAGGGGCACGAUUUUCCCAUCAUUCAGGUCGCUGCAGAGGACCUGGACCAGGGGCAGAACGGUCAGGUGACCUACUCCAUCAGAUCGUCGUCCAUGAGCGGCUUGUUUAAAAUUGACCCGCUGACCGGCAGCGUCACCACGGCGGCCAUAAUGGACAGAGAGAUCUGGACUCAGACAAAGCUAGUAGUAACGGCAACGGACCGUGGAACCCCUCGACUGGCCGGCUCUGCCACGCUCACCGUCAUCAUCAUCGACCUCAACGACAACAGUCCCAUGAUUCCUCUCCCACGCGAGAUCCGCGUGCCCGAAGACACUCUUAUCGGCACAGUCAUCACCCAAGUCACAGGAAAUGAUGUCGACUCCGGUCCAGCUCUGUCCUACACGCUUCACCUGGACCGAGACAGCCAGGGAAUGUUUGGGAUUCACUGCUAUGGAGGAGGCGUGUCACUGACCCGCCCGCUGGACUUCGAGGAGAGGACGUGGUACACGCUCACCAUACGCGCGUCGGAUUCCAAACAUCAGAGUGAAGCGAACUUGACGGUGCUGGUGGACGAUGUCAAUGACAACACGCCCGCCUUCACCCAGGACUUGUACCAGGUGACGAUAUCCGAACACCUACCAGCGGGAAGCGCCAUCUUCACCGUCACAGCCACCGAUCGUGACUCGGGAGACAAUGGGAAGAUCUCGUACAAAGUCAUGUCCUCAUCCAGAGGGGUCUUCUACAUCGACCCCAGCAAUGGAACUCUGUUUGUCAGCCAGAAAACAGAGUUUGAUUUUGAGAACCCCUCCAUCCUGGUGGUAAUCCGGGCUCAGGACCACGGCUCUCCUUCCCUGUCUUCCUUCGCGACCGUCCACGUUCAGGUGUCCGAUGUCAACGACAACACCCCCACUUUCCACCAGUCCGAGUACAGAGCCACUGUGUCUGAAGAUGGACUUCUGGGAUCUACUGUUCUGACCUUGGAGGCUGUGGACGCUGACCUUUCCAGGGACAACUGUGGUUUUGAUUUCGCCAUUGCCAGCGGCAACUCUGGUAAUGCCUUCCAGAUUGAGAGCAGCGUGCGCUUCGUGGAAGGGAAAGGCUUCCAGACAGUCGGCAGCCUGAUCCUUGCGGAGGAGCUGGAUUUUGAAGCCGUAUCGAGUUAUAACCUGACCGUAGUGGUAUCAGAUCGCGGGAUCCCGCAACGUAGCUCCAGUGUGCCGAUCCUCAUUAGCGUUACGGAUGCUAACGACAACCCGCCAGCAUUCAGCAGGGCGGAUUACAGCGUGGUGCUGAGUGAGAGCGCCAGCACUGGGACAGAAAUCCUGCAUCUGUCUGCCUCUGAUCCAGACUCGGCCCCCAACAGUGAGGUGCAGUACUCCAUCAGCUCAGGGGAUGACACCGGUCUAUUCCAGGUGGAUCAGUGGACCGGCGCGUUGAGGCUGAAGCGACCUCUGAGCAGUGAGACACGGCUGUCUCACAUGAUUGUGGUUCAGGCGACAGACAGCUGGGGCCACUUUGCUCUAGCUCCAGUCACCAUCGAAGUGAAGGACGUAAACGACAAUCAGCCCUACUUUCCUCUUAAACAAGUUACUGCUAGCAUCAGGGAAAACCAGCCCCACAAUGCCUUAGUGACCAUGUUGCAUGCUAUGGACAACGACAAAGGGCAGCUGCAUUACUUCAUGUUGGACAGCUCAAAAGACACAAGAGAGGCCUUCAUCAUCAACCAAACUUCAGGGGAGGUGCGGACUCGUGCCACCUUUGACUUUGAAAAAGUGGACUCCUUCCAUUUCACAGCUGUCGCCAUGGAUACCGGCAACUACUCUGCAACCGUUACGGUGCACGUUUAUGUAACAGGGGAGGACGAGUACGAUCCGGUUUUCACCUCCCCUGAGUUCUCUGUCCAAGUGCCUGAGGGAGCAAAGGAAGGCGAGAUCAUCGGGAAAGUGCAAGCUCAAGAUGAAGACGGUGGUCUCGACGGUGUGGUCCUUUACUCUCUGGCUGACUUUUCGCCUUAUUUUGAGGUCAAUGAAUCCACCGGUGCCAUUUUCCUAAAGAUGGACAGCUACAGCCGACAUGUUGGCCGAUCUAAAAGAGAGCUGCGGCUGAUGACUUUGUAUGUGAACGCCCACAGUCCGCUGGAGAAGUCCCGCGCUGCAGUAGCCAAAGUCAUUGUUGACGUGACCCACACGACGUUUGGUCUGACUGCAGACAUGAACAUGCUGCUGGUGAGCGUCAUCGCCGUGUCACUCGGGACAAUCGUCAUACUGACUAUAAUCGCCGUGGCGCUGUUCUGUGUCAAGUUCAGACGCCAUAAGAAAGAAGGACAACUGCACGGACGGUGUACAGCAACCAGCACCAUGUUGCACAAGCUGGAGGAAACAAAAAUAGCAGCCAAUGAAAUCAUUUAUCACCAGGCUCUUCCUGGUUAUGUGGUGGACCAGAGCAGCAACAGCAGCAGUGGAGGUCCCUACACUCGAGGGGGAUCUCUGGAUCCUUCCCAUUCCAGCGGGCGCGGCUCAGCAGAGGCGGAGGCGGCAGAGGACGACGAGAUAAGGAUGAUCAACGAAUACCCUCGCGUGUCAAGUAUAUCCUCCUCCAUGCAGGAGCGGAUCUCUGCUCGCGGUCCUGACUCCGGGAUCCAGCAGGAUGCUGAUCAGCUGUCGGAUGUGUCAUGUGAGCCCUCCAUGGAUUGGUUCAAAGGGAAGAAAUUAGGCAGCCUGAAUGGCUCCUUAUUAGCUGGCCAGGUGCCAGUCUACAGGGAUGAGGGUGGUGGGUACGCCAGCGUGGGACGUGGACUCAGCAUCACCCACCCGAAAGACUAUGCUUUCCCACAGGAUGGUAAACCAACAGUUGGCGGCUCCUUGACCGCCAUCGUGGCCAGCGACGAGGAGCUGAGGGGGAGCUACAACUGGGACUACCUGCUGAACUGGUGCCCUCAGUUCCAGCCACUGGCCAGUGUGUUUACUGAAAUAGCUCGCCUGAAGGACGAGACCACCCCUCCUCACCCUCGCAGGUCAUUUCAUAAAGCGAAAGAACCGAGAAUAGACCCGCCUCCUCUCAUCACCUCAGUGGCCCAUCCAGGGGCCAAGACUGUACCUCCAAAACCUCCUGUUGGGAGAACCUACCCAAACCUCUCCACGUUUCGGAGGUCGCCCCUGAGCGCAGAGGGCUCCAUCUCCUCAGCCACCAUGUCUCCAAGCUUCUCCCCAUCACUUUCGCCGCUUGCCGCUCGCUCCCCCGCGGUCACCCCCUUCAGCGUCUCGCAAGGACCGUCAGCAUCCGUGAUCAGUGCAACGGAACACAACCUGGAACACAGCGAGGAAGCGGAACUGAGGAUCUAAUGCCGAGUCACCGCAGAAUAAGAAUAUAGUAUCAAAUCGAGCUAUCUCCGUCGAGCUGUUGCAUUCAGUGACUUCUAAAGAAAACUCCUGUUGAUCAGUGUUAUUUUGCACAUGCUAAUGGGGCCUCAUACAUGAUGUCAAUAUUUUGUACCAUAGCAUCGUUUAUAUUUUUAUACAUUUUUGUUUUUCUGGCAUUCAACGAUGUUACUUAAACCUCAGAAUAUAUUUCUAUAUUUUGUAUAUUUGUAGAUUGUACUGUACACUCAUCCGUACUGUAAGUUAAUUCAUUCCUAAACGGUCAGUGAAGCAUUCGCGGCCUUGGGCAGAUGAAGUCGCCUGAGGUUUUUGAGGUAGUAUUAAUGACGGACAACAGUGGACAGUCUUGCACAAAGAUUGGGUGCAUUGGAUGUCUGUGGACUGUUGCUUGGCAUCCAUAUCUGAAGACUAAAACACCACAGAAUAAAACUGUCGUCGGCUUUGGUUGCUCUCUGACUAAGUCCAUGUAUAGUAGCCAAAGCAUGAUCAACUAGCACAAAUGAAGGAAGGAAUACAGGGAUGAAGGUUUGUUCCGCUAGCUUGCUGCUGAGGGGUUGUGCCUGGGAAGGACAUUUGAAAGUUUGAAAAUGAAAAAUUCCUCUUGGCAAUGUUGAAAUUAUUCCACCUUUUAAUGCACCGUCAGAGCCGUUCCGAGACACAGGUGCUCCUGCCCGUGGUCCCUGACUUCUCGGGGCCCCUGAGCUGUGUGGCCAGCGGCGUCAGUGUUUCCUGUCAACAUCUCAGUCAGUCACCAUCUUUGCAAAGCUGCUUGUGUAUUCCGAUGCUGCUGAAAAUCUCCAAGUAGAAGUUACUGUGUUGCCGCACGUUUAAUUUUAAGUUUCCCAUAGGUGCCGAACUUCUUGAGUCAAGACACGUGAGAAUGUUCCCCAAGUCAUCAAUGUGUGGUCAAUCGGUCUCGGAAAAGAUGGCGACUGAGUCAGUACAUCCUCACUCCCAUGGCGUAAUAUAGUGACAUAGGGAAAGUGGACUUUUGUGUCCUACACUAACUCCUUAUAUCCUGAUGCCAUAUGCAGUACAUCAUGUAAGAAAAAGACAGAGAUUGGGCUUAGGAUAGCUAUGGGAUGAUGCUCCUUUCAUUUACAUGACUACAUGAAAGUGCUAUUCAAAGCCCCCAAAAGGCCGUACGUUUCAGUCAUGGUGACUUCAUAACUUUUAUUUAUGGGGCUAUAUAUACCAAUGCACCCCGCCACCUGUAACGCUACACAAGAGGGAAAAGGUUUUUUACUCCGCUGAAAAGCCUGUAAGUCAACAUGCAACACGGAAGGCUGCCUUUGCCGUCACCACAGGACGCAAAGGUCCACUUUCCCAACGUCAAUAAAUGGGAGAUGAAAUGGGCGCGACAAUAUAAGCCGAUAUCUUAGGAAAGGUUGGCUCUGUGCUUCAAGAAGAACCAGUAGGGGUCGCUGAUUUACAUAGCUGGUACUGAUCCACAUACCUCACAUUUAUUUUCAGGUAAAUUUACAAAAAAACAAAACGGCAGACAGCAGGAAUGUGUCCUACACCUUCACUUUGGUCUCUUAGUUUUCACAACUGCCUAUGUUUCUAUAAUGAAGACAUGGCGCAACUGGGACUCUAAAUCACUAUUAUUACUUUGCAUUUCUUCACUCCAGAGUGAGGCGCUACAUGGUAGCCGUUUGUUGAUCAUAGUCGGUGUUGGCAGUAGACUGUACAGGACAGUUUUGGGAUGCUAUCAGGAGCACUACGAUGGUUUUUCUCUCCUUGUGUCCAUUCUCAUUUCCAUUCUUUAACUCAAAAGUAAAAAAGUACUUCUCAUUUGGCUGACGCAGAAGCACUUCAUACUCUGAUGUACAUGUUAAUGUUCCGCAGUCACACUGACAAAUAGGUGUACACACGCACGUUAGCCAGAAACUUCAAUCUCCGCAAUACUCACAAGAAAAUAGUUGUGAAGUGUGUGCCACGUUUCUUGUUCUCAACUGGAUUCUGGUGUUUUUACCUUCACACAGACUCAUUUGAAGGUUGGUAAUAAUGGAGUGUGGAAGCAGCCGAAGAGAACUGGCGCUGCUGCAGCGUUAAAAAGUCGCCGUGCUCGCUCCGCUAGCAGAUUUCCAAGAAGAUACGUGCUAAAGCUACCACUUUUGUACGGACACUUGUAACUGACACUUGUUUACACUCAGUCUGGACCUAAAAUGUUUCUCCUGACCACGUGAGUAAAGCGUCCUAGUGCCAUAUGUUUUGGUUUUUUUUCUUUGGAAUGUUAGUUUCAGAUAACAAGCUAAUCUCUUUCUUAUUUAUUAUGAAGAAAAGUGGACUGAAUCUGACGGUGGUCAAAUGGACGUGAACUAAUUUGACUAGAAUGAAGGAGCUUUGUUUGUUUGUUUGCUCUUCUUGCCACUUACUUUUGUCUCAACUGUACAUAUGAAGGAGCCAGAGAAAGAGAGAGAGAGAGGAGAUGCUCCUCUGGGUUUUGUUUCAUCUUCAAGCAGCCAAG